UCGGUUUUGCCCGGUCCCCAUAUACACCUAGCCGACGACAUCACCAUCGCGAAUAGAUCGCCGACCGACGCAAUGUCACAACUCGGUUCGGUGGCCUUGGCCAAUGGCUCUGCGACGCCGAAGAAAGUCGCCUACUUCUACGAUUCCGACAUUGGUAAUUAUGCCUAUGUUACCGGUCACCCCAUGAAGCCCCAUCGCAUACGCCUCGCACACAGCUUGAUCAUGCACUACGAUUUAUUCAAGAACAUGGAGAUAUAUCGCGCGAAACCUGCGACGAGGGGAGAGAUGACCCAGUUCCACACAGACGAGUACAUCGACUUCCUCCAGAAGGUCACUCCCGACAACAUGGACGCCUACCAGAAGGAACAGGGGAAAUAUAAUGUCGGAGAUGAUUGUCCCGUCUUUGACGGCCUCUUCGAGUUCUGUGGCAUCAGCGCUGGCGGUAGCAUGGAGGGUGCCGCCCGUCUUAAUCGUCAAAAGUGCGACAUUGCAGUCAAUUGGGCCGGUGGUCUUCAUCACGCCAAAAAGAGCGAGGCCAGUGGUUUCUGCUACGUCAACGACAUUGUCCUCGGCAUCCUCGAAUUGCUGCGUUUUAAGAAGCGCGUCCUCUACAUCGAUAUCGACGUCCACCAUGGCGACGGUGUCGAAGAAGCAUUCUACACGACUGACCGAGUCAUGACCGUUUCCUUCCACAAAUACGGCGAAUACUUCCCUGGUACCGGAGAGUUGCGCGACAUUGGUAUCGGCACCGGCAAGCAUUACGCUGUCAACUUUCCUCUUCGCGAUGGUAUCGACGACAUCUCGUACAAGUCAAUUUUCGAACCGGUCAUCGAGCACGUCAUGAAGUUCUAUCAACCCGAAGCUGUUGUACUGCAGUGUGGCGGCGACAGUUUGUCCGGCGAUCGCUUGGGUUGCUUCAACCUCAGUAUGGAGGGCCACGCCAACUGUGUGGGGUACGUCAAGAGCUUCGGCUUGCCGACCUUGGUUUUGGGAGGUGGUGGAUACACCAUGCGCAACGUGGCUCGCACAUGGGCAUUUGAAACUGGUGUACUCGUUGGCAAGCACCUGCCUAAGACGCUUCCUUACAACGAAUAUUAUGAAUACUAUGCCCCCGAUUUCGAACUGAAUGUGCGCCCAUCGAAUAUGGAGAACUCGAACAGCUUCGAAUAUCUGGAGAAGAUCAAGGCCGCUGUCAUCGACAACCUAAGACAUACCCAGCCUGCCCCCUCGGUUCAGAUGCAAGAUGUGCCUCGCCAACCCUUUGGUGGCAUGACGGACGAGGAAGAAGCCGAGCUAAACGAUAUGGACGAAGACGAACACGCAGAUGAUCGAAUGACACAACGCCGAUGGGACCAGCGCACCCGUAACGAAGCCGAGUUCGAGGACAGCGAUGACGAAGAUAUGGAUCAGGCCAAUGGCAUGACGCGCCCUCGGAAUGCCAAGAAGCGCACCUUUGGUGACUACCGGCAAGCUGAAGGCGAGGUCGACAGCGGUGCGCCCUCACCCGUAAAUGGUGUCCCCGAGGGUGAAGAAGCCCCCAACGCUGAGCCGAUUGUGGAUGCCGACAUUACUCUUGAGAACCCCGCCGAACCCGAAGACACGUCAGACAAGUCAGUUCCAGAGAAGGAGGCCGCCCCAGAAGCCUCGAAAGAGGAUGCUGUCGACGAGGAUGGUGAUGUCGGCAUGGAAGAUGGAGCGGAUGUUGAGGAGGGCACGACUACAAUCAAGAAGGAAGAAGUUGAGGCAGAACCUGUUCAGGUAGCCGAGAAGGAAGAAAAGGCGGAGAGGCCUUCGCGCCAGCCUUCCGCCGAGCCUGCAGCUGAGCCUCCUGUCACAGAAACGACAGAGAUAACCGAAGCCACCGACGCUACCACGGAACCUGCUAAGGAGACUGAGUCGGCAGCAAGUAAGGAGGCAGACGUCACCGAGGCCAACGAGUCCAAGCCUGAGGUCGCAGCAGAAGAACCAGCUGCUGAAGCCAAAGCAGCUACCCCCGAGAAAGAAAAGGACUUCGCUGAGAAACCAGAGGUCAAAGCUGCUGAGCCCGAGGUGGACAAGAUGGAUGUUGACGAAAAGCCGGCUGAAGAGGAAGCCAAAAAGGAAUAGUGGUACGAAAGGCCCCUUAUUCCUUUUUUUCCGCGGUGGCCAUGGCAGAGAUGCAGCACACCACCAAUGACGCAACGUUGGGUUCAAGUCAGCAGGCUCGCGGGAGGAGUGCGAGAGUAUCGGGCGUUCAAGGACAGGUUUUGAGGAAUUUUCUGAGCAUGGAACUCUGGGAUUGUUGUUUGUUUGUGGUUUUUUAGUGAUACUCUCAUACACUCCUUGCAAAGUAUUGUACCGGCGGGAGGAAAUCGUCGGCUGUAUUAUAGAUAGCCAAGGCGUGGUGGUGCCUUGUCAGUAGCGAUUUUAUUUACACUGAGUAAUAUGUGACAGAUUGUUCCUUUCCGCCGA